UAUUCUCCUUACUGCAUGUUGCAGCGUGAUUAGCAACCGACCCUACUCGAUAAUUUUUGUGCAAUUUUUCUUAAUUUGUACCCAAAAAUCAAAAUCAAAAUGCCACCAAAAAAGAAGAAAGGAAAGGGGAAAAAGAAAGGGAAAGGCAAGAAGAAAGAUGAUGCUACUUUGAUGUUAGAAGAUAAAUAUAAAAGAACAGUUGAUGAAAUACAGGCUCUAAAAGAUCAUUUAGCAAUACGAAAGGAGUUUACAAGGCGAUCAGUUGUUUAUAAAGAUGAAAUGCGUCAAAGAAUGCUGGGAGCUGAAGAUGAUCUGGAAGACCAUAAAAAGGAUCAAAAGGACAUUAGUGCUGAUAUGACUAGACAGUACAAGACUAUGCAAACGGAAAUGGGAUUAAGGAUUCACCAGUUGGAAACUGAAUUAGCCAGAACACGUACUAAACUUACUGAUACAGAACUUCAGCUAAAAAAGACAAAGGAAGAGAAAGACAAGAAAAUACAAGAUAGAGAAUUAACUAUCAGUGAAUUAAAACUAAAGAUGAACAGUAUGGAGAAGGAUUAUGAAGCAUGCUUACGACAAGCAUUCGAUCUCCUAGUAGACAAAGUAGAAUCAUCCAAAAAACUGUGGGAAGAAAAAUCUACAACAAUACAAGCUAAAAAUAAACAAGUGCUUCUAGAAUUUGGUCUUAAUCCUUUAGAAAUAUAAUCUACAUUUGUAUGUAAAGAACAAAUUAGUGAUGAGUGUUGUGCAGGUAGCAGUGUAUUAUUAUCUUGGUAGUAUGGAAUCAACUUGAUACUACUUCUAUAAUGUCUAACAUUUGAGAGAAUUCCCGGAUUCUUCUGUUUCUAAUUAUAACUGUACUGGAAAUAUCUCUUUAAGAGUCUGUUAGACUUACAUUAUUAGAUGUCUAUGACAUUUGAGACAAUUCCUGGAUUCUUCUGUUUCUAAUUAUAACUGUACUGGAAAGAUCUCUUUAAUUAAGGGAGUCUGUUAGACUUACAUAUUAUUAAAUGUCUAACAUUUGAGAGAAUUCCUGGACUGAUCACUUGGUUGAUCCACUGUGUAAUAUAACUGCUCUGGAAAUAUCUCUUUAAGAUCAUGUUAGACUUAUGUUUUGUUUAGCAAUCUUUAGGUAUUUUAUAAAUAAAAUAUAUGUUUAUUGUUUAGAGAAAAGAAUUGUGAUAUAUAUUGUAAAUAAUGAUUAUUAUGAUAUUUCCUCUUAAUAUAUGUAAUAUUGAUAAUGUUAUUUAUUAAAAACAUUUUUUAUACUAGA